GCUUUCCCCAUCCCAUCCCACCACCCAGAUGCGAUUCCGUCCCCGCCGCCGCGCCUAGCCGAGCCGCCACCCCCGCCCCCGCCGCAAUGGCGAGCGCGUCGGAGGACGAGGCCGCCUCGGAGCGCUGCUGCGGCAGCUACAGCCCCAGCGCCGACGUCAGCGAGUCCGAGACCUCCAGCGACGGCUCCGCGCCCACCACCCGCCGCUUCGCCUCCUCCUCCUCCGCGUCCGCCACCGUCUCCCGCCUCGCCUCCUCCUCCUCGUCGCUGCCCACCCCGGCGUCCGCCGCCGCCUUCUACCUCUCCAAGCCAGCCUCCGACCUCUCAGAGAUCGACAUGAUGAAGGAGCGCUUCGCGAAGCUCCUGCUCGGCGAGGACAUGUCCGGCAGCGGCAAGGGCGUCUGCACCGCGCUCGCCAUCUCCAACGCCAUCACCAACCUCUCCGCCACUGUCUUCGGCGAGCUGUGGAGGCUGGAGCCGCUCGCGGCGGCGAGGAAGGCCAUGUGGACGCGGGAGAUGGAGUGGCUGCUCUCCGUCGCGGACUCCAUCGUCGAGCUCACACCCUCCAUCCAGGAGCUCCCCGAGGGCGGCGGCCAGUUCGAGGUCAUGGUGCCGCGCCCGCGCAGCGACCUCUACAUGAACCUCCCCGCGCUCAAGAAGCUCGACGCCAUGCUCCUCGCCAUGAUUGACGGCUUCAAGGAGACAGAUUUCUGGUACGUCGACAGGGGGAUUGUGGUCGAGGACAGCGGGGGGCCGUUCCCGUCGUCCUCGUCGUCUUCUUGUGGUCGGCCGUCGGUGCGGCAGGAGGAGAAGUGGUGGUUGCCGUGCCCACGGGUGCCGCCCAAGGGGCUGUCCGAGGAUGCGAGGAGGAAGCUGCAGCAGAGCAGGGAUUGUGCAAACCAGAUACUGAAGGCGGCCAUGGCGAUUAACAGCGAUGUGCUCGCCGAGAUGGAGAUCCCAGAAGUCUACCUGGAGACAUUACCAAAGAGUGGUAAAUCUUGCUUGGGUGAGAUAAUUUACCGAUACAUAACAGCCGAGCAAUUCUCACCAGAAUGCCUCCUAGACUGCUUGGACCUGUCAUCUGAGCACCACACACUUGAGGUAGCUAACAGAAUUGAAGCUGCCAUCCAUGUAUGGAGAUUGAAAGGACAAAAGAAGUUGACGCCUCAAGCGAAAUCAAAGAAAUCUUGGGGUGGAAAAGUAAAGGGUCUUGUUGCAGAUAAGGAAAAGAGCCACGUUUUGUCUGAAAGAGCUGAUGGUCUAUUGCAGAGUUUAAGAUUGAGAUACCCUGGUCUGCCACAAACUUCCCUCGACAUGAACAAGAUCCAGUAUAACAAGGACGUUGGCCAGUCCAUACUUGAAAGUUACUCGAGGGUUCUGGAGAGCUUGGCAUUUAACAUAAUUGCAAGAAUUGACGAUGUGAUUUAUGUUGACGAUGCAACAAAGAAAUCUGCCGCUGCUGAGUCUGUUUCUAUCUUUAAUCGCGGUGUAGGCGUACCAGUUCAGAAGAGAAUCUCACCAAGUCCAUUCUCAAUCCAGAAUACACCUUAUGCCUCUCCAUUUGCGACGCCCACUUUCUGCUCCUCCACCCCAGUUACAGGCAGUCCUGGAAGGGUGCAUCCCCCUUUAAACAAAAACAGUCUAGGAAAACAGGAAAUCAAAGUUGAAAAGCUAUUUUCUGGUGAUCUAGAGAAAGUAUGGACAUACGCCGGAAACCUGAGCGCUAGGAAAGACGCAGGCGAUGCUCCUGAGAGGGACUGAAGGGGGCGGGAAGGAAGGUCGCCAGGCAUCAACAGAUGCUGUUAUGGUUGGUAGCUAGAUUUUCCCUGUACAGAAGCAGCAUGAGUCAUUUUUUGUGCUUUUGUAGCAAGCCAAUGAUCGUGUAUUUCUCUACUUACAAUGGAUGGAUGGCAUCUGAUCUGAACAGAACAACUUGUACUUCCGGCAGUUAGUUUUUCUGGGUUAGUUCUGUGCGCUUGUUUAUGUUUAUAUUGCAAGGCAGCGGCAAGUGACUGAAUUCCUGCUCCUGCUGCUGCUGCUUUUUUGUCGCUGAAGAUGUUCAACAAUUACCUUCAGUCGCAGUGGAAUGUAUGCUGAUCUUGUAUUCUGAUGCCUGAUACUGUGGUGCCUGCUAGUGAUUGUAUAUGCCUCUAAUGAAUUUGAUC